UUCAUGAUUUAUUUUAUUCCUCGGAUGGAUGGAACGAAACGUUGACUGUCGUGUCGGCCAUGUUUUCCUCACAACAGAAACAUUACGUCGUCGUGUAGUGAACGUCAACUAAUCUUUCAUUUCGACUACAUUAAAAUAUUUAUUUACAAAACUAUUUCUAAAAUCUGUCUGUAUUUGAUCUAAUGUUAAAAUGAAUCGAACUGAAGGGCUGGUGCAACGAAGAAACGUUAUUAAGGACAGUAAUUCGGAGGGAGCUUUGAAGGAAAAUCACGACGUCGAUGAUAAGAAAAAUGAUAAAAAUUAUGAUGACGGAGAUUCAAAGGAAACUCGAUUGACGCUGAUGGAGGAAGUAUUACUAUUAGGUUUAAAGGACAAAGAGGGUUACACAUCGUUUUGGAAUGACUGCAUAUCGAGUGGUUUGAGAGGAUGUAUACUAAUUGAGCUGGGUUUACGGGGUCGCGUGGAAUUAGAGAGAGCUGGUAUGAGAAGGAAAGGAUUGUUAUCUAGAAAAGUAAUAGUUAAGUCAGAUACUCCUACUGGUGAUGUUCUAUUAGAUGAGGCCUUAAAACAUAUGAAAGAUACAGAUCCACCAGAAACUGUCCAAAGUUGGAUAGAAUAUUUAAGCGGUGAAACAUGGAAUCCAAUGAAGCUAAAAUAUCAACUAAAAAAUGUAAGAGAAAGGCUGGCAAAGAAUUUAGUUGAAAAAGGAGUCCUGACAACAGAAAAACAAAACUUUCUAUUGUUUGAUAUGACUACUCAUCCUCUCACAGAUAAUGUUGUAAAAUGCCGCUUAGUCAAAAAGGUUCAAGAAGCGGCCUUACGACGUUCCAUUACUGAUGUGGCUCAUGCUGAUAAACGUUCAUUGGCCCUCCUUAUGUUGGCUCAUUCAGCGGAUGUUCUAGAGAAUGCUUUCGCUCCACUCUCCGACGAAGAUUACGAACUUGCCACAAGGCGUGUGCGGUCACUUCUUGAUCUUGAUUUUGAAGCAGAGGCCAUGAGGCCUGAUGCCUGUGAAAUUAUGUGGGCUGUGUUCGCAGCAUUCACUAAAUAGCGGUGACGUGUACUAUCACCAAUUUAAAAAAAAUGGUGGCUAUAAAUUAACCAGUUAAAUCAACAAAACCUGAAAUAAAAGUUUUAUAUCUUGUUGCCAUCAAAUAGUUAUGGAUGAUCUUUGGCAGCCAGAGUUUAUAAACAUUAUACUAUUUUAACAGGUAAGUAUGACAUUUUGCCAAUAUAGUUAAAAAUUUAUGAGUGACUAAUUAGACAAUUCAUUAGAUACAAAUGAUUCAUCAAUAGAUAACUUGCCUAUCUUAUAUGUGCUUUGUCUUUGUCUAUGUUCCAUAGAGUGACAGUGACAAAGCAUUGAAAUAGAUAGUUGUUUAAUAAUGCAGUUGGUGAUUUCACAUGUAAUUAUAUAUAUCAGUUAUCAAAAUUUCUGUUUUGCUUAUUUAUUUGAUAGUAAAUUUUAAGGAGGUCUAAAUUUAGAUAUCAUUUUAAAUAUUUAAGUGAUUUUAUACCUUAUUCUUCUUAAACUUAGUGUUAUAUUCUACAGUUAUUGUCAAUCGGUAUCAAUAUAAAUUUCAUGUAAGCGCAAUAAUAUUUCAUUCUUUGUGUUUAAAAUACUGAGUGCCGUCUUGUUAUUUUUUUUGUAUUAGCUAAAAGAAAAUGGAUAAUGAGUGCUACACACUUCCAAAAACCUAAUUAGAAUCCAUAUUCAAAGAAGUUUCGAAAAAAAAGUCAUCAUUUAAUAAAUUCAUCAACAUAUUGUAUUUAGCUGUACGGCCAGAUUAUUAUUUACUUUUAAUAGUUAUUUUUGUUAUGAGGUGUAUAAAAAUAAAACUAGAUAGGAUAAGUCUGCAUUCCUUAUCAUGAAUGGUACAAAAUACUUUAUUUGAUACACAUAGUUUUCUAGAUAUUGUUGCAGAUGAAAAAUAAAAGAAAUUUUAAGUUUUAUGUAGUUUUUGUAGUAAUUUUGACAUUUGCAAGAAAAUUUUGCACUUAAAAGUCCAUUUUCUACUUCAAACAAUGUGGGAAAAUAAUUUCCCUAAAAACUACAUUUAUGAUUUAUAAUAUGAUACUACUUACUUACUCAUAUAACUGUGGAAUUGGCAGCCCAAUUCUAUCAAAUAAGUUAGCGUUUGAAUAGUUUCUGAAACUGCCUUAUUCUUUAACAUAUGUUACUAUCCACUCUUAAUUCAGCAUAUACUUAUUUAUUAAAAUAAGCCGACUGUACCUCUUUUCGCAUAAUGCAAAAUUGGUACGGCUUAAGUCUAUGUUCUACAUGGCAGCGCGACACAAUGCUACAUACGCAUUAAAAUACGAUAUGAUGGUAUCCUAUUAAAAAAAAUAGCAUGACCACCGCCACAGCGAAAUAUCUGUCGAAUUUACGCCACUAUUGCAUGUGGUCUUACAGAUUUCUUUCUCGAAUUCAUUGAGAGAGUUUGCCGUUAUAUUGUAUUCACGUAGCUUGUGCGGUACUAUAAGGUUAAGUUCAGAUGGUCGCGCGACAAUGGAGUUCAGAUGACAAGCGAUAAGACACGGCUAUCCAUAUACAUUUUUCACAAUUAGCGCGGAUCAAGAUACCUGCGACGGAGAAGCCUCGACCGCGCGAUUACCCUCUAUUUUCUGAACGGUCCAAUAUAUUGAUUUAGAAACUCUUCACGUGCGUUAGGUUAUACGCGCGUUGUCACGCGACCAUCUGAACUUGGAGACUAAAUUAUGUUGCACAAGUAAUGUACUUUACCGCCGCUCAUGUAGCACAAUCGCAAUACUUUUGUUUUGAUAUGUAGUGUAAGGACAUUACUGUUAUAAUGUCUGAUGAUUGUCUUUUAAGUAAGAGCAAUAGAAAUUUUUAAGCGAAAAUUGCCUUUGUUUUUUCCAAUAAUAGGAAGAAUUUUGGUAGACUAGUUGAAUUGAGAUUGGUGUCAAUUCUGGCAUGAUUUUCUAACCACAAACUUUAAUUUGACAACAGUGUAUCUUUAUCGUUCUCUAUAAAGAAAGAAAAGGAGAGACUGAUGUUAAAUUUAGUUUUAAGUUUAGAGAAUCAUGCUAGAAUCGAAAACAUUAGCCGCCUUAUCACAAAACGUUGACUUAAGUUAAACCUGUGUUAAAACUGAUGCUGUCACUUUUGUUUUCUAAAAAGAAAACAGAGACAGUAUUAGGUGUAAACCAUGACUAACUUUAGUCUCCGUUUUGGAAUACGGUGGUAGGUGAUUAUCGUCUAAAAACUGUGAUAAUUAGAUCACGUCUAAUGCACCUACAGCACCAAGAUGUACCGUUAUUUCUUUGUUUCUAAACAAUCCUUAUGAAGUGUGUAGGGCACAUUAAAUUUGUAUCAUCCCUUCACUUUAGAUAAUAUAUUCUUUUAUAUUUUAGUCCUCUUUACGAUAAGAUUGUUAAAAAUUUAGUGAUUAUUUUUAUAUCUAUGUCGAUCAUCAGCUUUUAUCAAUCGGAGUAUAUUUGUUUGAUUACAAAGUCUAUAAAAUAUUAUUAUUAAGAACUUCACAAAGUUGGUGUGGGAAAUGUUGUUGGUGAUUUUGUAUUUAUUGGCAAAGCCCAAAAAUACAGUUUUUAUUUUGUAUGUGGACAGGAUGUAUGUGAGUAUAUAAAUCUGGGUUUUUCAACAAGACCUAUUAUAUUUGAAAGUGAGACGUCAUAUGUGUACAUAAAAGUUCUGCAAUCGCUUCCAUUUGGUUUGCGGCAACCAUCUUGAAAAAGAAAUAUGAUUAAAAUUAAUUAAAUGUAGAAAGAAACUGGAUAAAAAAUUAAAGAUAAUUAAAUAUUACACAGCACAUCUUGUCUUGUCUUGUUGAAUUAUUCUUUACAGCUAAAGAUGUUAAUUAGAAGCAAUUUGUAAUGUUAGUGUUUUUGUAUGUUAAUAUUAUUGUAUACUAAAUGCAAAAUGCGUACAUACUAGGUUACUAUGGGAAAUAAUGAUCUCUUAAUAUAAUAUUUUACUAUUAUUUAAACACUUGAAUUAUUGAUGUUAUUCAUCAAACAUUCCGGUACGUAUACUUUUAUAAAUUAUAAUUGGGAAUAAUUAAUUAGUUUGCUAUAGUUUCAAAUAGACAAGGGGCUUUAACGCGAUUCAAAAGCAGCAGUCUUUUUCCGUACUCAGAAUCGAAUGCUUCAUUAAGUCACAUGAUGUCUCAUUCUUUUCUUAUUGCAAAGACAUUAACAGCAGCAAUUUAAGCGAGACUUAAAAUUGACUCCUCUAUGUGCGGCUGUAAUUGAGAUCUGUUCUAAGACCACUAAAUUUGCAAUCGCAAACCCGUAUUUUUGGACUGCAUAGUACAGCCACAGACUACUAGGUGACGUGUAGCAAUUAACUAGCUUUUUUAUCAUAAUUUGUAUAUUCAGUGAUCAUUCGCGAUGUUCUACUCGUAUUUUUUUUAUUGAGGCUGGGGGAGGUCCUCAUUUUCCUUCGUGAGGGCGCUGCUUCACCUCCUUAAGGGUGAGGCAGAGCGCGCAAAGCGACAACGUUGCGUUGUAUUCUCUUUGGUUUGGCGGCGCGACGUUGCCGCACGGAGGCAAGCGAAACCCCCCCCGCUUCAUAAUUUGAAUGCUAAUACUAUGUAAAUAAAGUUCAUAAUGUUCUUCCGCCUCGCCCACGACGAAAAUUAGAUGGUUCAAAGUUGAAAUACGAGGACUCUCUCAUUCUCUCGCGAUGAGGAACUCAAACGAGACGCCUCACGAGUGAGGGACUCAUCACUAGUGAUCAUGUUUGUGUAUUACGAAUGUUUGUCACCCUUGUUUGCAUCACCUAUUGUGUGUCACCUGUAAAUAUUAGCAUCUUUAUUGACAGUAUUGAUUUCCCUUGGUAACCCUGUAAGUUGGUCGUUCAGUGAGGUCGUGAGAUGAGUAUGUAAUUUUAAGAACUUUUUGGUAUGAAUGAAAAUCAAAAGAUGAAGCUUAUGAUUUGAUUUAUAAAGGGUAUUUUGUGUACGUAUUUUAUUAUGUAGUAAUUUAAAGAUGAUGAGUUUUCGUGUUCAGUUACAAACAUCCUGUCACAGAAUGGAUGUUUUUAAAUCGCGUCUGUGCUAUUUUGUUUAUUGUAUACAUUCUUGUUUUCUGAAAAAUAUAAAUGUAUUUGUUGCUUAUAAACGAUUGUGUAGUGUUUAUAUAGAAGUUUAAAAAUAUCCUUAUUUUCUUACAAAUAUGUUUAAUAAUAAAUACAGAAUAUUAAUUAAAACAUUUAAGUUUUAACAGUAAAUAUUUGGGAUAUAAUGAUUUAGAGCUUAAAUUAAAUUGUAUAUAGACAUAGCACAUUUUGAUAUAGAUAAUAACAUAAUUGUGAAGAAAUAAAUGAAACAUGUAUAAAAUUAAGAGAUUGAUGUAUAAUACACAUUUAUAGUAUUGGAAAUUACUCAAAUAUAUUCCUUGAAACAAUUUCUGAACUUAAUUAUUGCAAUAUUUAAUGUACACAUAUUUUUUACCAUAAAAGUAUCUAAGAUACAGAUACAAAUCCGUAUCUUCAUCUUGUAAUGUUAUAUGCCGGGAGAGCAGAAGAGACUGCACGUCACAGUGAUAUGAAAAGCUUCUGUCAUCGUGUUGCCAUUACAGUUUCGUGUGUAAAGUGUCGUUUUUUCGAAAGGUAUCUAAUCAAUGUUUGUUAAUUUAACGCAUUUGAAGCAAGUUUUGUUCUAAUACUUGAUGUUUGUGUGGAGAAUUCGAGCAUUUGUACUCCAGUCAAAGAUGUUUUUUUUUUGUAUUUAUAUAUGUAUCAGUAUGUAUAUGUAUUCUAUAUGUUACCCUAGUAUCUCAUAACAUAAGGCCCUUUAUUUAAGGUUAAGAAGACCCUUUAUUUCGGUAACUAGUAAAGGUAUCGAGUUAACAUUUACACUAUAGUAUAUACUCAGGUCCAUGUGCGUAGCCAGGGGGAGGGUUUUGGGGGUUCAAACCCCCCCCCCGAAAAGUUAAGAUAUCAACAUCAAUAAUAUCAAAAUAAGGAGAGGCGAGCGGCAUAAUUUAUUUAAUUACUAAUUAUUACACUAAUAAUGUAUUUUGGAUUCGCCCUCUACCACCCGCCGGUGCCCGUCAUCAUUUAUCCUAUCGCAUUCGUUAACCUUCGUACAUUUUCGUUUUCGUAGGAUGAAAACCAUUAGAAAAGGUAGAGAAUAUAACAAAAAUGAAAGGAAAAAUAAAUUACGGGCGAUCUGAGGUCGGGAAGGGGGAGGGGGUGAGUUUUUAAGGGUAAAAAAUGGAACUAGUACAGAACUAGAACUGUUUAUCAAUAUAACAUGAAAUCUUACGUUUUUAUUAUGAUAAAAAUCAAAAACCAAAAACUCGGUUAUUCGCAUUUUUCACAUAAAUUUUAAGGUUAUGUGAAAAAAGUGUCGAUACAAAAGUUGUAGAUCUUUUUAUUACCUACAACUUUGCCAUUUAACUUUUUUUCAUAG